AUGAGCGGAGUGGAAUCAUCAUCAUUAAGUUAUGAGGAAGACUCUCUUCCUGAUUACUACAUCGAUAUCCCCUCUCUCGACGUGAAACGACGCAAGACACUUUCUGCAGUGGACAAUGCAGACUUUUCUUUUUUUCACAUUCGUGCGUGUGUCGUAUCGGGAAUUGGAUUCUUUACCGACGCGUACGACUUAUUUGUAAUAAAUUUGGUAUCAACCAUGUUGGGAUAUACAUAUUUUUCAGAAAGCAAUUAUCAAGUUCCCACGGCCAUCGAUACCGGAUUGAAAAUAUCGGCAGCAUGUGGAACUCUCGUGG